AUGGCCCACCGUACCGCUUUGGCCCGUGUUCUCCGGUCAACUUUUCUCGCGCCAGCUAUUCAAGAUCACAUAGUCAAUCCACUGAGCAAUAUGGCCUCCGCCAGGCUAUCGCCAACGGCGAACUUGCUGCGAAAUUCGCGCUUGUUCGCACUCCCUAAAACUCUCAAGCGCCGCAAUGACCAAACAUUGAAAGAAUCCGACACCGCAACUCUGCCUCACCCUAUUCGAGCCUCCAUCGUUACACCGCAAUCAUCACUAGCCCGAGGCGAUUGGGGAUUGAAACGACCUUUACCGGCUAAGUCGACAUCAGAGAAAUCAUCGCGACCUGUCGUCAGGGUGCACGCUCUCGAUACCUAUGAACAUGUCACCGACUUCGAAUCCGCCGCAGACCACACUAUGACCCUCGAGAAGUUCCAGGAGCUACACAUGCCGAUGUCUCUCCCCUCCAAAGUCAAUUAUGCUACAAGUGUUGUGCCAAGGCAUCAAAGUCCGUUCGAAACGCACCUGGAUAACACCGAGACCAGCCAGGGUCUCCAGGAACCUGGUGCCAAACAAUUCAGACACUCCGGUCCUUGGCUUGCUGGGCAGACAGAGGCAGAGUUCGCAGCUUACUUGAAGCAAGUUGCUCGCAAUAAGCCUGAGCUCCUGCAGAAGCUUCGUGAACAGUUUGUCGCUAAGCGGUCUGCUGAGAUCCGGAAACAGGCGCAGGAUAAUGGAGAAGACUUGGAAGCUCAUCCCGCAACUGUCACCGAUGCGGAGUUCAAUGCCUACAUUAAAAGCCUGCGUAAUGACCCAUUCGCUCUCGGCCCUGUGGUCUUUGAACUACUUGACCUUGCUUCCUCCCCUGCCGUCCCCAGCGAGCGUAUCGGGCGCAAGUACUACCAAUCCCCUGCAAGCAAGUUGUCCUCAUUCGAAUACGCCAUCUCAGGACCCCCGAAGACGCACCCGUCUGCCGGUCUAUCCUACACACGAUCACAUGCUCUGAUUCACAACCAUGCCCAGUUUGGUCCACAAGCCCACCAGCGCCCUGUGGAGGCUCGCAUCUUGCGCCCUAAGGGUCGCUUUAAGGGACGCAUGGCUCGGGCCCUCGCAGGUAUCGGUGGUAUUGCCGUCGAAGACUUGAAUGCCAUGACCUUUGUGGAGCAAGGCACACCCCCAGGUAAAUACUGGGUCACUCCCAUCCGGGCUUCGGUUGACUCCGACGGCCGCAUUGGCCUUUCAUCUUAUCGUGCCAGUGCAACCGCCAAAGCCCCCUACGGAAUCGAAGACCACCACAAGCCGAGUACCUUGACCAUCUCCGAUGUUGCCACUGCGCCAUCCCCGCUAGUCCCUAGAUUGGACAGACAGCCAUUCGGCCAGCCUCGCUUCCAGCCUUCCACUGAGAACCGGGGCCGGAGGCAACCCACAAGAGGGACGGAGGACGUCGCUCGCAGCCUUCUUAACAACCUCAACUCCAGGUCAUAG